CAAACAGCACAAGAGGAAAAAUCUUUGGAAUACCAAAAUCAAACAGAAGUGGUAUUUGAUGGUUCGUCUUCUUACUCAGAAGAGGAAACUGAUGACUUUCUCGAGGAUGAAGAGAUGUUUUCGACUAUAGAAGAUGACGAGUGCUCUGAUGUCUUCAGAAUUCCAAGGCUUUCUCAAGGCUUACAUGAAGCUAUAACAAAUAUAAGCAAAAUUGAAGACGACAAAGGCAUUCUUACAAGUUGUUGCAAUCCUAAUGAGAAAAACCCCUCGACAUCCAGUAUCCAAUCAAGAAAUUCUGCAAAACAGCUGGAAGAGAGGUUAUUAAGAGAAGAGAGAGUUCAAAAGGAAAAACACAAUAUAAUUGAACGUAGAAGAAGAUUCAAUAUUAAUGAUAGAAUAAAGGAACUGGCAUCACUUUUGCCCAAACCAGCACACGG